UAAAAUGAGUAAUGGGUUAGUUAUCGUCAUUCAUGUCACUCAUCAAAGAAUAGAUAAAGAUAAUAAAAAUUAUCUAUUUCUGAGGUGCUCGUAAUCAGUCUUGUAGUCGUAUCGUUUAGAAUUUUAAAUCAGUCAUCAAUAAUAUUAUUAUACAAACACUACGGCAUUGACUAUUGAUUAUUGACUCAUUAAUAUUUAGGAUUUGAGGCGUUAUCGGUGAGUCACAAAGCAUGAAAAGAUAUAAUAAUUAAGCUACAAUCUAAAAUGGCGAACUUUUCAUCGCCAAUGCCGUCCAGAGAGUUCUUAUGGGACGUGUUUCAAAGGGUUGACAAAGAUAGAAGUGGAUUCAUCUCGUCUGAUGAACUUCAAAUGGCACUCUCCAAUGGAACUUGGACACCAUUUAAUCCAGAAACUGUACGUCUUAUGAUUGGUAUGUUUGACAAGCACAAUCGAGGUACUGUAUCUUUUGACGACUUUGGUGCCCUGUGGAAAUAUGUAACUGAUUGGCAAUCGUGUUUUCGAUCAUUUGACCGAGAUGGUUCUGGCAAUAUAAAUGUAUCCGAACUCAAAGAUGCUCUGUCAUCGUUUGGUUAUAGACUCGGCGAACAAAUUGUUUCAGUUAUGCUUAAGAGAUUUGACCGCUUUGGUCGUGGCACUAUACUUUUUGAUGAUUUCAUUCAAUGCUGUGUUGUGUUACAUACGCUAACUGCUGCAUUCCGUCAAUUUGAUACUGAUCAAGAUGGAUAUAUUACUAUUCAUUAUGAACAAUUUUUAAACAUGGUAUUUGGUUUAAAAAUAUAAAUGAACUUCAUUGUUAAUGGAGUUUUUUUUGUCUUAUAAGACGAUCAGUAUAAAGAAUAACUUAUAAUGAAAUAUGAUGUAAAAUAUAAUAUUUCAGUUAGAUGAUUACUU